AUUACACACAAAACGGCUACGCUGAUUGUGAGUAUUAUGAUGUGAUGAUGCGUAUUAUGUUGGAAUUAGAUUUCUUAGAUUUGUUGAAGUUGCUACUAAAUUGAAUGCCCAUACAAAAUAAUUUACUUCUGUAGUAGUUCUGUCUCUCUAAACUUAGGUUUAUAUUCUCUCUGGUUGGUUGUUGCUACGUUUUACUGAAGAAGUUUUGUGUAAAAAGUUUGUUUACCAUUGCCAUACAUUUCCGUUUCAUGUAUCUGACCGCAAUGGCACGCUUUAUUAAGUUUUUAUGCCAGGCCGAUUAAGCAGCCCAAUAUUAAAAAAAAAUGCCUGUAACGGAGGCUGGUGAUCAAUAUUCUGUUUGGGUGGGUUUAAUUUAUAUUUUUAACUUGAUUGUUGGUACUGGAGCAUUGACGUUACCAGCAGCAUUUGCUAAAGCAGGAUGGGGCCUAAGCACUAUCUCACUUGUGUUUCUUGCUUUCAUGAGCUUCAUGAACGCUACUUAUGUAAUUGAAACAAUGGCAUGUGCCAAUGCAGUGUAUAAAUGGAAGAGGUUGCAGAUUAUCAAAAGGGAGAGUAUCCGAGACCAUGAUUCAGAUGAGGAACAGUCUCAGCAUGCAUUGGGAGACCUUGAGGAACCGCUGGUCUGUGGAGACUCCAUACCGUCACGAUACUACAGCCUCGACCGUCGCAUAGAACUCGGCGAGAUGGCAAACUUGUUCUUCAAUAAGACAGGAAGAAUCAUGUUUUUUUGUACCCUUUGUGUGUACCUGUAUGGUGAUUUGUCUAUAUACGCCGCUGCAGUAGCCAAGUCUAUUAUGGAUGUUGUAUGUUCUACUGCUCCGUCGAACGUGACAGAACCUAUUGACUGGCAUGAGCUGCCUUGCUUCAAUACGAGUUCGGUUUCUGCGCACCCGUACUCCCGCAUGGAUGUGUACCGGAUCGCGCUGCUCACCUUCGUCGGAGCGAUGGGGCCUUUCGUGUUCUUCAAUGUGCAGAAGACGAAGUACCUACAGCUGUUUACCUCUGGUAUGAGGUGGCUUGCGUUCGCCAUAAUGAUCUCUUUGGCGCUUCGGUUACUCUGCGUCCGCGGUCCACAAGGACAUCCUCCGGUAUUCUCAGUAACUGGAUUACCGCAGCUCUUCGGCGCCUGCGUUUACUCGUUCAUGUGCCACCACUCGCUGCCCGGCCUCGUCAGCCCCAUCCGCGGCAAGAACCGACUCGGCCUGCACUUUGCACUGGACUACACACUCAUCACUGCCUUUUAUCUGCUUCUUGCGUUCUCCGGCGCCUUUGCAUUCGCACACCUCAACGACUUGUACACUCUCAACUUCGUCCCUACAGACAACGAGAACAUCUUUCUAGAAAUAGUCGAAUACUUCCUCGCCCUGUUCCCAGUGUUCACUCUUUCCACCAGUUUCCCUAUAAUAGCUAUCACCCUCAGAAACAACUUGCAGAGUCUCUUUUUAGACGUGCCCCGUUUGGAAUCCUACAAUUUCGCUCUAAGGAAAUUGUUUUUCCCAUUAAUCACUGUGAUUCCACCGCUACUGUUAACGUACUUCUUGGAAGAUAUUGGUGUACUCAUAGAAUUUACGGGGUCGUACGCAGGCACAGGAAUACAGUAUUUGAUACCGACUUUCCUAGUGAUGACCGCUAGGCGACACUGCGUCAACCUUUUAGGUCUAGGUGUAAUCAAUAAGUAUAGGAGCCCUUUCUCGAAUGUCGCUUGGGCUGUCUUUGUUUUGUUGUGGGCCUUUGUAUGCCUGGUAUUAGUAUCUGUAAAUAUCAUCGAAAAGAAAUUAUGACGGUGAUUUUUUCUAUUCCAAGUCCUCUAGGUUGCUUUUAUAUUUACGUGUAAGUUCCAAAAUAAGCUUUCUCCCGAGUAUCAUAAGGGCUGUUUAGCAAUUACCUAGCGCCUUUUGAAAUUAUCUUAUCCAUUAAUUUUUUACUGUUGAACAGAAGGAGCUUGUUCUUUAAAAUAGAAAUAUAUGUGUAUAUAUAUAUAUAUAUAUAUAUUGCACAAAUACUGUGAGUUAAAAUAAAAAAAGUAGAUCUAUGGUUAGGAUAAAUUCAAAAGGGUGCUCGCAAAUAUAGCUCAUAACUACUCUUAUUUAAAUCGUGCUAUUAUUUUAUUUAAAAUGUGUAUAGUGUAACAUGUAUACCAUGAUUAUUGAUUGCCAUUUCGUAAUUCCCAGUUACAUUGCUCGCUAUUUACCCAAAGAUUUUAAAAGUAUUUUUGUGUACGUUACGCACAAUGUCGUUAUUAUUAAGGCUAUAGGUCUUCCCAGAGAGUAGACUAAAGCGAGUUACUUCAGCAUGAAAUUAGCUUUUUUACAAUAAAUCAGAAAAAAUCUACGUGUAGAGGCUGUAUUAUUAUGUGCUUAUAUUGGGCGCGUCUCUUAGCUUCUCUCAGACGCUUUAUCUCUCUGUUUGUAAACAAUUGAAUAAAUCGAAGCGAAUAUUUCUUGAGGGCCUGCGCUGCGUUAAGCUAACUUAAUGAGAAUAAAGAUGGGAUGUCCGUUAUUGCUGAAGAACGUACGUUGAUAAUACCAUCAUAAGAUGCUUCCACACAAUAGCAAUAACAUUAUUGAACAUUUUAAAACAAUUGUAACUCAAUAACAAAAUUCAAUAUGCUUUAUUUUGUCACAAAUACUACUCUAUGGAAGUACCUUGACGGUGUGCUAUGAGUUCUCAUAAUAUUUUUAUAAGUGAUAAAAAAAGUAUACAUCAAACCAGUUUAUUCUAUGAUGAAAUAUUUAAAAUAAUAAAGUUAGUACUGCUUCUAGGCAUUAAGAACAAAAUAUAAUGUUAUAAAACCUUGAAUGAAAUGACAAUAACAAUUUUGUAAAAAUAGUAAUAAUUCAUAUUGUGUUACUAUUUAAGAUGAUCUCUCAAUAAAGAUAUUAUUAUCUUAUUUAUGCAGCUGUUUUGUAAAAUAUAACUUUUAGUUACCUGCCUAUUUAUAUUGUGUACCUAUUAUGUGUGAUAGAUAAUGAAAAUCUGUAAGGCAUCGACAGAUAAAUAUGUGAAAUAU